ACCUCUGAUGAAGAAGUUUGAUAGUUUAUGUUGGCAUUUCAAGUGAGCAUGCGUCAUGCAAGGUUCAAGUGCAAACAAGUACUACAGCAUACCGACCGCGCCGUACCGAGCACACUUUGCAGAAUUUACCGAUCUUCAGUAGAGUGAGACGAUUUUCUUCUGGGUUCAGGGCACAAAGGAAAUGCCCGUAGUACCCGAGGCUAUAGAAGAGCCUUGACCAAGGUCGAUUACCUUCAUACCACCAAUUCUCUGCCACUCGAGGAGUCUAUUUAAAAAAAGACUGGGCUUGUUGAAUUAGAGUUUACAUUUUCAAGUCUGCUGCAUCCAUAACCUACUGAGAAAUAAUUAUGACGCUAGGCGAGUAUAUCAGAAGCGGUUAACUGAUGAUAAAACACAUGGAUGGCAACCAACCAAAAAUUGUUUUAUUCUGCGUAACAUCACCGUCUGAUAAGGUGAGCUGUACACCUGUGUGGUGCAACAGUUUAUAAACUGUGCAGCACUUGCGGUCUCUCUCACUCACAUUUGGCCUGUGAACAGAAACAUGUCCACGGAGGCUGUACCAGGGGUGACGUCUCCGUUCUCUACCCUCCCGGUAGUUGGGGCUGUUACCACCAUGGAUGCAUUUGUGUAUGGCUCCUUCACUAUGCUUGCCCUAGUGGCUCUUGUACUUCAUUUCUUGGCCAUGAAGACAAAAUCACAGCUAACAUCUGCUAACAAUCCUCACUUCAAGAGAUUUCAACAUUCCUUUUUCAUUGUGUAUUUCAUGGCACUUUUUUCUGAUUGGUUGCAAGGGCCAUAUGUGUAUAAGCUUUAUGAACAUUAUGGUUAUGCCAGUAAUCAAAUUGCUCUUCUGUAUGUUGUGGGCUUUGCCAGUAGUGUAAUUUUUGGAACAACAACUGGUCCUUUGGCAGAUAGGUUUGGUAGGAAGAAGAUAGCGCUUUCAUUUUGUAUCUUGUAUUCAUUUUGCUGUCUUACAAAACUUAGUUCUAGCUUUUUCUGGUUAUUUUUAGGGCGAGUUUUUGGAGGCAUUUCAACUUCCAUGUUGUUUUCCACAUUUGAAUCCUGGUAUGUAUAUGAACAUACAGAAACACAUGAUUUUCCUAGUGAGUGGCUGUCUGUAACAUUUUCCAAAGCUACAUUCUGGAAUGGAGUUCUUGCCAUUAAUGCUGGAGUAUUCUCCAACAUUUUUGCAGAAACAUUAGGCUUUGGACCUGUUGCUCCUUUCAUGUUAGCUAUACCAUUCUUAAUUAUGGCUGGUCUCAUAAUAACUCGGGUCUGGCGGGAGAACUAUGGCAAUCAACAAGUUGAUCUUAGACGAUCUUGCAUGGAAGGUCUUCGAUCCAUUCUGUUCCAGGAAAAAAUUUUGUACUUGGGUGUAGUUCAGUCAUUGUUUGAGGCUAAUAUGUAUAUCUUUGUGUUCCAGUGGACUCCCAUAUUGUCAUCUGGUAAACCUCCUCUAGGUAUGGUCUUUGCUACUUUUAUGGUUUGUAUAAUGAUUGGCUCUUCACUGUAUGCCAUGUUGUUAUCAAAGAAAUACUUGUCAGAGCAGCUGCUUAUGAUGGCUGUAGGACUGGCUAUAAUUGCAAUGUCAAUUUGUAUUUAUUCUUCAAGUGGUGAUCACAUUUACCUUUCUUUCUUUGCCUUCCUGAUCUUGGAAGUGGCUGUUGGAAUGUAUUUCCCUGCUAUUGGCUACCUUAGAUCACAAGUAAUCCCAGAAGACCUAAGAGCUGGUAUAAUGAAUUGGUUCAGAGUCCCAACAAAUGUAAUUACCUGUGCAGGUCUUUUACUUGUGCACAAUAAAACUGUAAUUAGUUCAUCUGACAGCAUGUUUGCAAUCUGCACUGGUUUGUUAGCAAUUGCACUAUUCAGUAAUUUUAAGUUUGCUUCACUGUACAAUUCUGCUAGUCCUGUGAUACAAGUUUCAGAAGAAAAAGUACCAUUAGCAAAGGAGGAAGCUACUUAGGGCUAUUGAUAGAUAUUUUCCACUUUAAAGCAGAUGGACAUAUAGAAGUAAGGAAAUCACUGUAUUGAUAAUUUACCAUAGGAACCAUUUGUUAGUUUUAUUUGAUUCUCAUUGUCUUUUGAUCUCUUGUUACAUUAUAGCAGUAGCUUCAAAAUCUCCAAUGGCUUUUGCUCCUUCUUAUGGAUUUGAAAAUAAGGGUUGGAGACUUUUGUAUUGCUGAUAAAUCUAUUCAUUACUUUAAACUUUGAUGUAAUUCAUUACAAGUUAGGUUGAUUGUAUUAUGGUAAUUUGAUAUAGCACUGUAAUGUGUUUGAUUAUAUUUGAUAUCAAAUAUCUUGAAAUCUUUCAGUAGCUGGUUUUACAGAAAUGUGGAAAUGUCUAUCUAUAGAUUAUCUUAGGAGAUAUGUAUGUGCAAGGCACAGUUGAGGUUGUUGAAAUUUUUCAUACCAUGUGUUUAAAGUUGUGAUAGAGUUUAUAUUGUUUCUAGAUGUAUUUUAUUGUUUUUUUUACAGCAUAGUUUGUGAAUUAAAAAAAAAAACAAGCACAAACCUUUGUGAAAUAGAGUAAGGAAUAUUUAAAUUCCAAAUACUUUACUAUUAAAGAGUAUUGAAUAUGAAAAUAAAAGCAUUAUCAUAUAUACAGUGGUUAUUUAGAAAGUUUGUGAACACCAUUAAAAUUAUUUUUUUAAAUAUUUAUAUACUUUAUUGUACUGUACACCCAUCAUAUGUGGCUGGGAUGUUAAAAAAUGUGCUGAUUUAUAAGGUUGCUUGAGCUGGAUAAAAUGUAAUGAGCAAUGUGUAAAGUGGCAAAUGUAUUAUGAUUGAAUUAUGUACCUUGUCUGCAAGGUCACAGAUUACAAAGGGACAUUGGAUUUGAAGCUUCAAGCCUAAGGUACAGUGGUACCUCGACAUACAAAAUUAAUCCGUUCCGAGGCGGCCUUCGUAUCAUGAGCUUUUCGUAUCUUGAACCGCAUUUUACACGUAAAAUGCCUAAUCCGUUCCAAGCCCUACAAAAACACCCUAGUAAAUUAUAUUUCCAGGCUUACAACACGUUCUAGGGUUAUGACACCGAUCCGACGGAAGAUAUAUGACUCCAAAAAGGCAAAAUACUGUACAUACUUGAGUAAUAUUCAACUGCAUGUAAUGUUCAACCCCAUUUUUACUGCAUAUAUUAGGACUUUAGCAUAUGUCCCUUAGCAAUAAGCCUAGUCUGUGAUUCUGACAUCCCAACCUAAGAAGCUAAAAGCUUAGAAUAUGCUAAUAAAAUGUAUAAGUAAUCAGUAUGUACUCAUUUCAAAUAAUUAUUAAUUAAUCAUUAACUAUAAUACACAAACAAACAAAAAAAAACCUUCCCACCUUUUGUUUACAUUCAGCACUUAUGAGUACAUACCAGACGAUCGCCAAGCAAUCACUUUUCCUAGCACACAGUAAGCCACAAAUUUUCAUUAUCUCUCUUCAACUAAUGAAACUACCAAACAGUAUAAUAACCAUUCAUUUCUAUUCUUUAUUCUAUCUUUACCUAAUGGAGAUACCGAGUUACUGACAGCUAUAAUGAAACACAUACGUAAUUAAAACAGAAGAAGAAUUCUAGAAAAUACAUAUUUGUUGGUUUCGAUGAUAGCAGUCUGAUUUAUUUUAUAUUUUAUGAUAUCUAAUUCACAAUUUUUUAUUAAAUGUAUUGCAUGUACUCAUUUCAAAUAAUUAUUAAUUAACCAUUAACUAUAAUAAAAAAAAAAACUUCCAAGCUUCUGUUUACGUUCAGCACUUAUGAUUACCGAACGAUUGCCAAGCAAGCAACCACUUUCACCUAACACACAGUACGUACAGUAAUCAAAUUUUCAUUAUCUCUCUUCAACUACUGAAACUACCAAACAGUAUAAUAACCAUUCAUUUCUAUUCUUUAUUCUCUCUUUACCUAAUGUUUUUUUUUUUAUUAAAUGUAUUGCAUGAAUAAGUUUUUCAAUUUACAGCAUUCUUUUACCAAUAGAAUACAUAGAGCACAAGUGGUAGAUGCUGACCAAUAGGAGAGCAGGAUCUUACGGGGUGACUAGCAUCAGAAACCAAUGGGAGAGCGGGAGGAUGGUGGCGAGUUUACUCAGUUGGCGGAGCGCGAGUUUUAAAAUUGUUCUUGGUGGUCCGGGCGAAUCUCGGGACUUCACAGCAACAACCUUUCGUAACUUGAACUAUUUUCAUAUGCAAAGCCAAAAAAAUCUUCGUAUUUGCUUUCGUAUCUUGAGUUUUUUGUAAGUUGAACCUUUCGUAUGUCGAGGUACCACUCUAUAUCCUUGUACAAUGAAGACUUUCUUUAAUAACCAAAUGCUACUUGAGUUUCAUCACUAACAGGAUGUUAACCAUUUUUAUCAGAGCCAUUAAUAAGUCAUUAAAGAGUAAUUCACUCAAAUUGUGUAUUAAUACAGAGAAAACAGUAUUAUAGGUUGUAGAAACAUUAGUCGUGAUUUUAUUACACACUUGUUAUCAGAGAAUUGAUAUAUAUUUACUAAAUCAGGUUUGUUCAAAUUAAAUUAAUAGCACUGUAUAUUGAGUAAAAUAAAGUUAGCUAUCAGUAAUAUAUAUAACUCCUGGAAACUGAUAUUGCAUUAAGUAUGGGAAUAAAUAAUUUGUCUGAGAAUAAGUGUAAAUGAAGGAAUUGAAACAAUUGUUUGAAACUGCAAAUUUUAACUUAAGGAAAUCUUCAAAUAUUCUGAAUUGAUUCACAUUAAGUUUGUGUGAGUUGUGACACUGUUUUUAUGGUAUAGUAGGUAUUGUUCUAUUAUAUAAGGAUAAACUACUUAAUAAUAAAAGUUAUUACAGCAGUUUUAUUUUUUCACUGUUUUUCAUGUAGAGUAGAUUUACAUGGGAGUUUUUUCUUAAAUCUGUAGCAACAUUGCGUGGCUUGGCAUACUUAUUGCAAAAUGCGUGUAAUAAGUGAUGGCUUAAAUUUCCUAUAGAGAGUACUGUACACUAUUUAGUUUUUAUAAUUAUUCAUUUCAUAUGUAAAUGGGAGUAUGAUACAUACACUAUUUUUAUAUUUGCUUUAAAUUUAAUCAUGAAAUUUUUCAAAGGUUUAAAAUACAAGCAUUCUGUAUUGCCAAAUAUUAUUUAGAGCACACUUAAAUACUAACUAUAGUUGUAACAUUUUAAAUUUGUCACCUUUGUUUAAUCUUGACUGCAGAAUUUGUCUGCUCAUUCUUUUUACUUAAGUUGUUUACAAGUCACUAUUUGCCUCUUGGAUAUUAUUACUAUUUCACUAAACAAAAUGGUGAUUAUUGAUAUUAUGGUGCACAUGAAAAAUUUUCAUUUUACUCAUAGUAUUUUAUUUUAGUGGCUAAAUAAUAAAAUGUGCAAAGUUUAUAUAUAGUUGUCAUCUUCUGUCAUUUCAUUACCUAUAUUUGGUGGUCUGUUGUAACACAAGAAAUUUCAUUGAUGCAGAUUUUGAAAAUAUCCCGAUAGAGUGAAUAAACUGUUUUAAUGUGUAAUGAUGAAGGCUCAAAAUCAUGUGCACCUAUCUCAGAUAUCUUCUUACUGAUGGCAUUUUAGUAUAUCCAGUAGUAGUUUCAUGUGUCUAACCAUUUGUCUGGCUCUGAAAAAGUAAAGUGGAAUAUUCAGGUAUGGUAUUCAUUCUGUUACUAAGAGGACACUGAAGUAGUGCCUGUAAAUACAGUACAUGUGGGAAAAAUGCAUAAGAUAAACUGUCAAAUUUAUAGUGUAUCGGUACACAAGAUCUUCAUGGAUGUUCAUUGAUGUUUCAAUAAUUCACUUCAUAAACAUUACAACCCAAUCAUAUCUUGUGAAGUUCAAUAUGCAUGGAUAAAUCAGCACUGCUGCCAUUUUACUGAAUAGAUUAAUAGUUAAAAUGGUGCUUGUAUUUUUUAACAAAGAAAUGCUAGUACAUAAAAAUUGUACUACUACUGUUAUGUAGUGCCUAAGUUAGUCAAAUGGAAUAAACAAGGAACUUUGAAGCCAAUGGAUAUGAAAGCUUGAAUCAUCUGCUAUCAUUUUCUAUUUUUAUACUUAAGGGUUAUCAAUCGCUUAAAUUUCUGGUGAGAUACUUCUAAAGUUUUGGAAUAUGAAUUUCUGGUGAGAUACUUCUAAAGUUUUGGAAUAUGACAGUGAAUUUAUUGUUAUAUUUACAUGCAUAACUUGCAGCUUUUAUUGAGAGUCAUUGCUGUCUAAUACAAAUUCUUCUUUUGAACGAUUUUGUCCUUCUAGCAAUGGUAAUGGAAAGGACUGAAGACCUUAGUAUAUAUGGUAGAUUAUAAGCAAUUCUUUAUUUUGUUUCAAAAAGUUAAACUACUGAGGAAUGUCGUAGUUUUUGGAUUAAAUAAUUUCCGAAAUAGGUCUCUGUAUAUCUGUAGACAAUAAUUUUUUUUACCUAACUUAUUUGCUACAAGUUAUACAUAUAACAUCUUCACACAGAAUUUGGAGGUGUGAGAGUAUUGCAAAUACGUACUGAAAUUCUUAGUAUUUGGUGCUGUAGGAAAAACUAGCCAUCAAACCAAAGCAAUGCAAAAGAAAUUCAUAUGUUGAAUGAUGAUUAUUGGAAGUUUUAUCAUAUGUAAAUUUUUAACUUACUGACUAAAGAAAAGUUGAUGUGUUCACCAUUUUUCCAUUCCUCAUUAAUUGUGUUUAGAAAAUAUCAUUUGGAUGCAUUGGCAUUUGAGAAUAAAAGUUUUGCAUUGUAAAAGUUGUUGCAAUAUUAAUUUGGAAGGAUUGCAUUAUCACAACUUGAUAAUUUUGCAAGAUUUGAAUUAUUUUCAACACUUGUUUGCUGCAGUCGAACCAUUAAUAUCUUCAUCAUAGAACAUAUGUACAGUACACUUAAAAGAGUGACUUCAUUAUUUGCAUACAUAAAGGCUGAUUUUACGAUUGAUUUUAUACCUGUUAAGCGUGUUAAUAGUUGAAUUUUGACCUGUGGUAAUACUGACUUGAAAAGUCUUAAGUGGUGAAUUAAUACACAUUGUAUUAGUUCAGUUGUUGAAAACAUCAUGGGCUCCAUAGUAAUCACACAAUAUGCAGUAAACAUUAAGAAUAUGAUUGAAGUUUAACUCAAAAAGUUCCUAAGCCAAUUUUAUGUUUUCCUCCCACACAUAUGCAUAGUUGAUUUUCAGAACACUGUGUACUUUUAUAUACUGUUAUUCAGCAGAAUUCUUCAUAAGAUUUUAGUAUAUUUAAUUUUUAUACUUUUUUUAUUAUUUCAUAACACUGCAAAUAAACUGGAGUAUUCUUGAGAAAUGUGCAUUGUAGAUUCUUUCAUAUUGUAAUCUUCCUAUUUGUCAAGAAGGGCUAAUGGCUUUGUCUGGUUAUUUGCUCAAAAUUUUUAUUAAUAUAUAAUCACUUUUAUA